AUGGGAGAAGUGACAGGUCAUGGUCAUUACAAAGCAACAUGUAAUUUUUGUAAAAGAGUUUGGAAUCGUGGAAAACCCAAAAGAAUGGCUGCUCAUCUAUCUAAUAAUUGUCUACAAGUUCCUCAUGACAUUCGUAACACAAUUUUAAAUGCUUUUUUAAAAGAAUAUGGAUCUUCACCUCUUGAUGAAAAUCAGUAG